GGUAUUAAUUCUAGAACCGCUUGACAGCUUUCUGACCAAACAACCAGAAAUUUGUCCGGUACCCAACAGAACCCACUCAUGAUAGCCGUAACCCUUCGAGAUUCCUUCCUGCGGCCAGCAUUCUGCCUACCGCGCUGCCGCAUCUUCUCUCAUUCUCGAAGGUCUUUUUCAUCCUCCAACUCAACCUUACACCCUACCGCAUCGAUUUCUUCCCCCACCUCCUCGGUCCUGGGAUCUCUCACUGGGGAGCUAGAUAGACUCGCCCCUAGAUUUGAGAUCCAGGCAAACAAAAUACGCAUCAUGAAAACCCCCAGCGAAUUCUACGCAGUCCUUAAGGUAAUUGGUUAGUUCCCAAUCCCCGCAUGUAAUCAUCAUGGUAGAAAGAAAGAGCGCUCAAUUGACCGUGUGGGAUAGGACCGGAUAUUGAAGGCUGAGAGACGGAUCUUUUUAUCCACAUUAUAUAUUGGGAAAACGGAGCAUGAACUUGUACGUCUUAAAGAGCCCCAAGCCCGCGUGUCCACAGAAAUCCUCUGACCACCGAUUCUCCAAGAUUGACAUACUGAGGAAAGCGCUUAGUCGUCAGCCUAAGCUGAAGGUUUCAAUCUUGUCUGAUGCGUUAAGAGGGACCCGUGAAACCCCAAAUCCAUCUUGCGCAUCACUUCUAGCACCUUUACUCUCUGAGUUUGGUGCAAGCCGGGUGGAAAUUCGGAUGUAUCACACACCAAACCUGAGGGGAUUAAGAAAGAAGAUAGUACCCAAGAGGCUCAACGAGGGAUGGGGUCUGCAGCACAUGAAAUUAUACGGCAUCGAUGAUGAGAUUGUCAUGUCUGGGUAUGCCGUGUCUCGAUCAAUUUCCACAUUUCACAUAGCCUCAGCUCAUCUAGAUCAUAGUGCGAAUCUUUCAACAGACUACUUCACCAACCGCCAGGAUAGAUACCACUUAUUCACCUGCCCAAACCUAACAGACCACUUCGCUAGAAUACACCACGCUGUGUCUUCGAUCAGCUACAAUGUUCUCCCAGGUCCCAAAGAGCAAGGGGGAUACACACUUGAAUGGCCAGAGUCCAAUCCAGCUCCAAUGCCCACGAAAGAGCCCAGGGAGUUUCAAAUCGCAGCAACCUCCAUACUUGCACCCUUGAUAGGACCAGAACUUACCCCCAUCAAAUCACCCUCAUCUGCCUCCAAAACCGUUGUAUACCCACUUGCUCAAUUUACUCCCCUUCUCUAUCCGCAAGAUACCUCGACAGAACACCCAGCACUAUCUUCAGUCCUACGCCUCUUAUCCCGUGAUUCCUUCGCCAAUUCGAGAUGGGUCUUCACCGCCGGGUAUUUCAAUAUCCAUGCGCAACUUAAGAAGUUGUUAUUAGCCUCCAAGUCGGUAGAGGGAAUAGUCGUGACAGCUGCACCGGAAGCGAAUGGUUUCUACGGUAGCAAGGGUGUAUCCGGGAUGUUACCAGCUGCAUACACUUUGAUGGCAAGGCAGUUCCUUGACGAUAUAAUGAAAGUGGGAAAGGGUGACAGCAUUCUAUUGAAGGAAUGGAGGAGAGGCACAAUUGGAAAGGAACCGGGUGCCUGGACCUAUCAUGCAAAAGGUACCGUAUUACUAUGGCCCGGCGUGAGAUGUGGAUGGGUGUCUAAUUGGAUAACCAGGUGUUUGGGUAUCAUUACCCAAUGAAGAAGACCCGAGUAUCACACUUAUAGGGUCGUCAAAUUACACAAAAAGAUCUUAUUCUUUGGAUUUGGAAACGGAUGUGCUGGUAGUAACGGAAGAUGUAGGGUUAAAAAAGGCGUUGGGUGAGGAAGUCGCUUGGUUGCAAGAUAAUGCUCGUACUCUCACUAUGCAAGAUUUUGAGAGGCCGGAAAGAAGAGUUUCAUUGAAAGUGAAGCUAGCGUUGUGGAUUGUAAAGGCUAUCGGAGGUCAGCUGUAGUGGUAGUGCAUUAUCAUACAAAAUUUCGUUGCUCCAAAUAAAUUAAUGGUAAUAGCCU